AUGCCGCCUGCCCGGGCGACGUACUAUCGCAUCCCAGGCGACGCACUCCCUCGCCCCACAACGCAACCGUCCCGAAGGCGACGUCCACACCCACGGACACUCGCAUUGGCGGGACUAGCCAUUGUCUCCCUCGUGUACCUACUCUCUCGCCUUCGGGUCCGGCAGCCCGCAGCCCAGCCGGCCACCGUCGCUUCGGACGACACCGCUCCUUCUCUCGACUCGGAUCUUCCGAAGACCGCGACCCAGGGCGAGUUGGCAGUACCGACAAGGCCACCGGAGAUUGCGUUCGAGCCGCGCUUGCCGUGCAACGAUCUUACCGAGACCCUCGUCCCCUCGAGUUCCCUCGCCCACCUCUCCUUGCCGUCGCUCCAGCGAUGGGUUUCUCCAUCCCCGCCUCUUCCGCCAUCGACUCCGCUCGAGGCUCGACUCUCCGACUGGUCGUCAGCGCCUACCGCCCCGUACUCGGACUGGCUGAGAUUCAACAAGCAAACUUGCGGAAACCCGUCCACACGAAGAAACCGCAACAACUUGCAUGCGCGGGAGAACCAGGCUGCAUGGGAGGAUCUGGGCGGCGGAGAGGUGCAGAGGAUCAGGAGUGAGUUUCGAGCGGUCCUGGCCGACGCUGGGAAGGCGGGAAGGUUCGACGACUGGAAGAAGCCGGGCAGGAAGGGAACGCGAGGUCUCGUGUGGACUGCUGGCAACGCCGACACGUUCGAGCGCUCGCUCGUCUCGUUGCGGCUACUCCGCAAGUCAUACAACUGCUCGCUUCCCGCCCAAAUCUUCCACUUUACCUCCGAGACCCCCUCUCCCGAACAGGCGGCCGAGUUCGAGUCGCUCGGCGCUCAAGUCCUCGCCCUGCAGUCGCUCGACAAGGAGGAGGGGCAGGGUCGGACCAAGUCUUUCCACCUGAAAGGCGGCGCCGUCGUCGACAGCGCCUUCGACGAGGUCCUCCUGCUCGACUCGGAUAACAUCCCCGCCCGCGACCCAUCGUUCCUCUUCGAGUCGGCGGAGUUCCGCGAGAUGGGCGUCGUUCUAUGGCCCGACUUCUUCAAGGAUCAGCCGGAGAACGCGAUAUGGUCGAUCCUCGGUAUUCAGUGUCGAGACGAGUUCACCGUUGAGGCCGGACAAGUCCUGGUGCGCAAGUCGGAUCAUCUUGAUGCUCUACUGGUCGUCGAGCACAUGCUCAGGGACUGGCGCUUCUGGUUCCAAUUUAGCGACGGCGACAAGGACCUGUUCCGCUACGCCCUGCUCGCCCUUCGCAAGCGCUGGGCAAUCCCAGCUCGCCACCUCUCUUCCGCGUCCUGGACCGACAAGGGCGCUCUCGGCGCGGAGCACGAGCAUCAGUUUGCGGGUCAUACGAUGGUUCAAUACGGAUUGGCGAGCGAGGGUCUCCCGGCUAGGCCGCUUUUCAUACAUGCGAACCUGCUCAAGCGGGUCGUGAGCAAUCUCGAGAACGGCAACACAUUCGGCCGUACGCUCCAGCUGCGUCUCCCGCUUUCCGUCGGCCACUCUUCCCCGUCUUCCGACAGUUCGCAGCUUUCCGACAUGCCGCACGUCGUUCUCUCGGCCGAUCACCUCGCCAAUACAUCUCCAAUUACCGGCCUCGGCAUCGCUCAUGCCGCAGAACGAGCAGCAAUACCCGAAUGGGUCCGCACGCGCGCUGUCCUCGAGCGUGGCCUCUCGAUGCAUUUUUGGGACGGCCACCGUGGCGCGGCGUAUGUCUUGGCGGUGGAGAGUGAGUGGUCGGAUGAGUUGCGGAGUCUUGCCCUUCGCGGUCCGGACGAGGCAGAGACGAACGGUGGUGAGGCGGAAGAGGCGGAACACGAGCAAACGGUUGCUGGGCCGUGGGAGGUGGAAGGGAUGGACCGGGAGGAGUGGGAGGAGUGGGUGCGAUGGGUGACGCAGGAGCGUGAGGCGUCGUGUACUAGGGAAGGGGGUAACCUCCGAGCGGCACUUCGGUUGGAGAAGCAGUUGUCGGAUCUGCCGGACGAAAGGGUCGCUGCAGCGUCGGAGGAAGAGCGGAUGGAGGUUAUCCUGUGGGUGCAGGACAAAGACCUGCGGGACUUUGAGCAGCGGUUUUAUGGAGUAGGAAGGGGGACGGCCGGCGGUUACGGAUUCCGCUAG